AUGCCAACCUUUCAGGCGAUCAACGUCGAGCCCGAAGAGAACGUCGAUGAGGAAAUCGACACAACCAAGCAAAUUCAAAACGCCCUCAAGCUCCACGCCCAAGGGCCCCGAUUCUUUGACGAAGCUUCCGACGCCUACAAUGCCCUUUUUGAGUCCGAGAUAUUCAGAUACCCCGAGAGCAAGACCGAGUACGAGCGCACCGAGGAGCGACCGGAUGGCACUCUUGUCGUUGAACCCACCCUUGCCCAGGGGCUCGAGGUCGGUGCUGCCGAUGUAGAUGGGAUCGCCAGCACUCUACCGCAGACCUUGUACCUAUCCUUCAAGAAUCACGGCCAAUUCAUAGUCGAUCGGAUAAAACACAAAGCACGGGCCAGCAAACUGGGUAGCGAGUUCGAUUACGAUGAUGCCGCCAUUCAACAUGACGCCAAGAAAGCCUUGGACGAGUUCAGCGCCGCCCUCGACUAUGACCCAUCCGAUGCCGACUUGUGGAGGAAGACCGCGAGGAUUGCCGCUUUUCUCAAGAGCGCACGAAUUAGUCGCUACAGUCUGGAGGCAGCUGUGGAAUUGGACGAUGACCCUGCUGUUACCGAUUUUGAGCCCCCUUCGCUCGCCGAAGGAUUCGCUGGCGAACAGCUCAAACGACAACUCGAGAUCCUGGACGACAAGAUGGCCCUUAGCCACCCUAUCAUGAAGUCAUUUCGUGAAAAAGGUCUUCCGAAAUUCUUGGAGCGUUACCUCGAUCCGAUACCAUCGCUCCCUGAUCACACCAAAACAAUGGCUGCGCCAAGACCGGACUCUGACGAGGUUGGCCAACCUCGUCUUGUCAUGAAUAUCCCAAGCUACUCCUGGACAGAACUUGGUAUUGCGUUGGUUCACUUCAUGGCGGAACAUGGGUUUUCUGGUCAGGCUCUCACGAUCCAACUACCAGAAGGAAUCGUCGAAGAUGAAGAUGUUCAGAUGGAGAUUGAUAAGCAGUUGCAGCCUCCCGAAGAAAGUACACAGGAGGAGGAGGCGGCGGUGGCGGCUGAAGUCACUUCGGCGGAGAAGUCUGGGGCCCAAGACACCGAAGAAGCUGAAUUCAGCCUUAGAGAGACCAAAGUUACUAUUGUCGAAGAGGCCAGAGCGGCUCAGCCCCCAAAGGACCGAACAUCUUCGUUGCCGACAAGAAAACGUUCGCAAUCUGCCGCUGGCAUACCAGAUCCAGCAGAUGAGGAGAAAGGCGAGACCAAGAGGAGCAAGAGGACGAGACGAAGGGAAACAGCACCGGAGGAGGCUAUGGAUUCUGCCACACUUCUCGCCACUCAGCUUCAGCCCUUCCAAGCCGCCGACCAGAACCUCUUUCAAAUGACUAAAAAUUUUCUGGAAAAUCUGGGAGUGACAGACCGAGAUACACUGGACAGGAUAACCGAGAUCCUGGAUUCCUGCGCUUCGGAUGAUCGGACAAAAACUGCUAGCAUCCUGCUGGACGGGAGAGAAAGUCCACCACUUAGCCUGUCUGCUUUCCUAGAACACUCCAAAUCACCAUCCCAAAGGGCAAUUGAGCCGCCCCAAUUCGACGAUGUACGAAAUAUUCGUGGUUUCGUCACGAGAAUGAACUCAGGCUGGAAUACCAUCCAGGAUGUCGUCUAUGAGUAUGUCAAAUCUCUUGCAGAGAGCUACUCAACAGAGAAAUGGUCAGAUCAGAUGAAGGUUGCUGUGGUUCAAGUCAUUAGCCGAUUGGACGAAGGAAUCUACGAACGAGUCGUUUACGACCUUGAGCAAUGGCAGCUGAGCGACGCGAGCGGGCACCAGCCUCCUACAGAUAUUGUCGAUCUGGUUUACAUGCUUUUUGAGUUACAUCUUGAUGUGUACGAGCGGAUCACGAACCCUAACAGCGUCGUGGAGCAAAUUACGCGGACAAAAGCGCGGAUAAGGUUGGGGAGGUGGUGGGAUUUAGCUACGCAGGUCAGCCGGCGACGCCAUCGCGGAACUGAUGAUGCUUUGACAAUCCGCUUCCUUUGGGCAGCUGUGGUCUUCAUUACAGUUACUGAAGGGGUACCCCGCGAACACAUUCUCAAGUGCUGGCAUAGUCUGCGCGAUCAUCUUGCGAUAACUACGGUCCCCGAUAUUGUUCUGCCAAACAACGCAGUGAUGCCGGAGAUUUCGGUAGCCGCUGCCGAUCGUGAAGUUAGCAAGCUAACAACCAUGGAGUUUUUCCUGGGUCUCUUCCAAGAAGAACAGGACAAUCCCGUGUCCGUUAUCGAUACUUUGGAGCCUGUGCUUAAUCCCGAAUCAGUCUGCAUCAAUAGCCCAGCUGCUCCGAACCCUGCUGAAGACGCAAUGGACGAAGACACCGAGCCUGCUGGAAACAUAAAGUCCGUCAAAGAUUGCGCCAGUCAAGGGCUGCAGGACCUGUGGAACUUCAUCGAGAAGAGCAGCACUGAUCUCCGGUUACUGCUCUGGUCGAGGCUCGGCGACGCCUACGGCAAAAUCAAGUACACCACAAAACAAUUCUCGUGCUUUCUGCGGAGUAUCGAAACUAUUGUGCACGAUUUUGAGCGAAAGGACUACGUCAACACACCACAAGCAGCUCGAAAAGAGUUGUUCAUGACAAUGCUCAAGGCCCUAGAUGACCAAAUCAUUCAGUCGUUGCAUCUGGCGCUGAAUCACAACAAUUCGUUCGAUAUCAUUGAUGAGGAACACAUCAAGACUACAUCAGCCGCUCUCGCCAAGGUUAGCUGUCUUCUUCACGUUGCUGCUAUGUACGAAGAUGAAGCCAGUGUAGGAAUCAUCCAACCUCCGGCAACUGGAUCUCUAGCUGCAUCAUUUCUCAACAGACUUCGGGAGAUGCAAGUGAGAACAUGGUCCCUGCAAUACACGGUUCUGAAGAUGGGGAUAAAUCUUCACCCAGACAUUUUCCUGACGCCCGAAAAUGAUCUGGCCGAUUACUUGGCGGCCGUUCACCAAGUCCUUGGUCUAAGGAAAUACUGCAAGUCUUCCAAUAAGAUCUUCCUCAAGAUGAUGCGGGUCGAACUGUUGAAGCUGAAGAACAUCGAAAAUUGGGAAGACUAUCUCGGCCAAGUCCUCUAUGACCUUCAUGGCCUCAAGCUUGGAGUAGGGAUCUGGGACGUCCAGGAGCAUGACUGCCCACCUGAGAAGCUCGAGAAGCGCCAGGCAUUGGCAAUGGUGGAAAAGAUCAGCCUCCUUGCUCACCGAAUAACAAUGAAGGACCUGUUGAAGUCGGACCUCAAAAACACUGUCGAAUCGAUGCAGCAAGCGAUUGGCUCUGCCAAGUCAACUGCUCAAAUGAUGCACAAUCAUCGGAACUUUAACGAAUAUUUAAAGACCCCGAUUCACCCAUUGCAUCUGUACAAGGCCCUGACCGGCAAUGUCGACCUGGAUGCAGUCACUAUCAACACGCCGGAUAGCGCACCCGCGAAGCACGGCUGGUUCUUCUUGCUGGGUAUGAUUGCCCUUACCAAGUUCAAGGGUGUCGACCUCAACCGUCGCCAGACUCCGGGUGCCCUGGACGAUUUACGCAUUGCAGUCACCUUCUUGCGAUUACAGCUUCAGUACACACCAGACAGGUGGGAUGCUUGGUUUCGUCUUGCCGAAUGCUUCGACUAUGAGUUGGAUGAUAUGGUUCUUUGGACCGCUGAUAAAAUGAACAAGGACAGAGCAGAUCUUGUCAAGUUCCAGCGGCAGUCGAUUCAUUGUUACACUCUCGCACUAUCACACUCUUACGCUUCGACCUCAGAUCCCAACGUCUACGCGUUAUCGGGUGGAGAUACGGAGGCGCUCUAUGACCUAUACCACGAGUUUGGCAUGCGAAUGUAUGCAUCAAGCCGUGAACCAUUUGCCAUGGAGCCCUUUAUGCAUUCGGACCAGCACCGCUUCUUCAUCGAAGUAUCGGGCAAUGGUACUUACAAGGAGAUAUUGCAUAAUCAGAUGUCAGAUUACCAAGUAUGGAAGUUUGCUGCGAGCUUGUUUCGAAAAGCCAUGGCUGGCAAGCCUAAGGACUGGAAGAAUCCAUACAUGAUAGCGAAGUGCUUAUGGAAGAUGUAUCAGAAGCCAGAGGACGAGCUCGAUGAAAAGAACAAGCACGGCCGACCGACAGUUCAAGCGGUCAUCAAGGCCCUUGAGAAAACUGUCGAGGUUGUUCGGACGCUUCCCAAACCUCGGCACAGCCAGGAUCCGAUUCUGGAGCCACACUACAAGAUCCUAUCAGUCAUCAAUAAGCUCGUUACCCGCGGCGACCUCCCUCACCAGGAAGCUGCAGACAUUCUGCAACGACAGCCACUUGCUCCUGGCCGCGGUGAACAGGUUACGCUUGAAAACGAUGAGGACUGGCACGAGUACAUGCUCAGGUACAUGCGUCACUUGAGAGAUAAGGACAAGUCAAACUGGCAGCAUCGUAUGAUCAUUCGUCAUGCUCGUCUCUUGUUCGACGGUGACGAGAUUGGAGAUGAGGAAGACGAGACGAAGAAGGAGGCAAGCAAGGAGGCUGCUUCCAAGGCCUUUGCGGUUUUGCGCGAGAACAUGUUCACCAAGACGAUGGUGAUGAACGUCUGGAAGUGUGAUGCUGAACGGCCCGGUCGUCAUCAUGUCUACACGGAGCAGUACAUCCGGUACAUGGCCCGGCUGUUGGCCGUCAUGAAUGACAGAGCCAACCUUGAGGCAGUACUGCGACGCAUUCGGAAGAAAGGUGUCGACUUCUACCACUUCAGCGAACUAUGGCAACAUGGCGUGCAGAUAUACCUCAAGAUGAUCCGGAAGGCGUUCAAUAUUCCAGCAAAUGAUGAGGAUCCUUUCAAGAACGUUGCACCAGAGGACUUUGAAGCGGUGGCUGAGAAGAUUGUGGAAUGGGUCAUCACGCCAGAGGCUGAGAAUCAUGCCGCCCUCAACGCCAUGAAGGAAGCGAUCGAGCUCAAGAAAUUGAACGCCAACUUGAUGAAAGCUGGACCGAUUGAUGAUUUGAUCAAUGAUUGCUACUCGAUCAUCCAUCACGAAAUGGUUCCUGAGCGAGCUGUUUCGGAGACGCCGCAAGGCGGUGAUGAAUAUAGCCGGGCUGGUGAGGGAGAGUUGACCACGAAGCCGGCAGAAGGAGAAGAACCCAAAUCCAUGACUCUCAGCAUCCUGCCGGCUCUUCAGGAGAGAGAACGUGCUGCUACUGCUGCUGCCGCUGCUUCAGGUUCUCUGCGGGCCCCGUCCGAGCAACCCGACAAAAUGUCAGAAAAGCAACUAUCCUUUAAUGGGGACAUCGCUCACCGCGGUCGCAAGCUUGGUGUUCGGAGACCGGAUGUCCUACGCAAGGCCGAACAAGCCGUGUUGAGGGCCGCAGAGGGCCCACCGAAAGCCUUGUCCGGCGUCACCAGAUCAUCACGAAAAGGCUCCGUAUCUAGUGGUAGCGGAAGGAAGGGUCAGACAACCCGUGAUGAAGGCGCUGAUGAUGAUAACGAUGAGACAGACGAAGAUGUUACUCGCCAUGAUGACGAGGAUAUUACGAUGAAAGACGCUGAUGAUGAAGACAACAAUCGGCCUCGCAGUCGCCGCAGCAGAAGAGGACAAGACGAUACCCAGAUGGCCGACGAUGAGCAUGAAGAAGAAGCAAUGUCCUCUCCUCCUGGUAGCGUUCACGACUCAGCCGACGACGAGAGCGACCUCAGUGAUGUACCGGCUGACUACGAGGACGAUAUUCCCCCAUCCCUACUAUUCCCCAACCUGAGGCGGAGCGUAGAUGCCUCUGCCGCCGGUGGUGCCGUUGCCGCGUCUGCUACGACCCCUCUUACCCCAGGCAGACCUACGAUAUACAGUUCGAGCUCGGAAUCAGGCAGUAGUAGCGCUGACGAGAAGGCAAAAUCGGAGCCAAAGCGGACGCCAAGGAAGCCGAGCUGGCAUAAAAGCCAGGCAGCCAAAGCUCAGCAUGAGCGGCCGGGAAGCAGUAGCAUUGAUCAGCAUAAGGCGACCGAGGGUGGCUCAAUAGGACCGAUGAGGUGGGGGUUAAAGACUGGCCGACCUCGUAAUGGUAGUGGUACGAGUGCUUCUGCUGUUGUACAUGGAGUGCCGGGGACGGAGGAUGUUGAAGACGAGGAGGAAGAUGAAGUGGAAGGGGAGGUCGAAGAUGAGGAUGAGGAUGAAGGCGAGCACGAGGACGCUGAAGAAACCGUUGAGGAGGUUGGAGAGACAGAGGAAGAGGGAGAUGGGGAUGUGGAUGUGGAUGUGGAUGAGGAGAUGGAGGAUGGGGAAGGCGAGGAAGAUGUUGAAGAGGGUGAAGAGGAUCAUGAAGACGAUGAAGAUGCUGAAGCUGAAGAGGAGGAUGAGGAGGAUGAGGAGGAGGCCGAAGAAGCGGAGGAAGAUGUAAGGCCAGGCGAGCAUAAAGGUGAUGUAGAGGAAGGCACAGAGGGAGAAGAAGAAGAAGAGGAGGAGGAGGAGGAGGAGGAGGAAGAGGAAGAGGAGGAGGAGGGUGCUGAAGAGGUAGAGGAUGGAGAAGGUGAUGAAGGUGAUGAAGAAGAGGAGGAGGCAAAUGAGGAAGAAGGCGAUGAGGAAGAAGGGGACGAGGAAGAAGGGGACGAGGAAGAGGAGGAGAUUGGGGAUGAGGAUACGGAUGAUGAGAGUGAGCAUGACAGUUCGACAAAGGGAAAUUAG